CAUCAUCGUAAGAGGAGGCGACGUCAUUUGAGGGGAGGGGAAAGAGAAAGGGAAUGAGAUUCCGAUCCCAUUAGAAUUGAUCCAAUCCCCAUCCCCAUUCCCAUUCCCUUUCUCUCCUCUCACACCACUUUUCGCGCCAUGGUCUUCCAAUAUCUUAAACAAUCCGCCAACAAGAACCCAUACAUCUUUGUCAGUUUCGUUGUCGCUGCCAUCGGACCUGUCCUGGUUGUCGGUGUCCCUGCUAUCCGCAAGAACAGCGGCUACAUCAGCCCUGCUCGCAUCCCUGACACUUAUCCUUUGCCCAACCGCGCUCGCAACCCCCCAUCAGGAUAUGAGGAUUAAAGGAAAGGGAAAACAGGAGGAAAGGGGCGAACAUAUCACCAAUCAUGAGUUUCAUGGCAUAGCAUGGAAGAGCCGAUAAGGCGAUGUACGGCGUGCGAUAGAAAACAGAAAUAAAUUAGACCCCCUCCUACAUCCGUCU